AUGGCUUUUGUGGAGAGGAGGAAGGCUUCGGCGACUGCUGUUUUUGUGGAGUUGAACGACGCUUGUUACGUGGCCCACGACUAUAGCGAAUACGUGGCUGUUGAGGAAUUUCCACAGGAGGACAUGGUGCUCCACCGCUACCAGUCGUCAGAAUAGACAAUGGAUCCGUUAGCGCAAGUGUUGACGGAUCGUAGACUUGAUUCGCAGACAGCCACAUCAUCCAAGCUUCCAAAGACAUUUCUGGCGGCACGAGCUGGUUAAAAUCGGGUGCAGGAUACGUGCCGGGAGAUCUAAAAACAUUCCCCGAGCAUAAGCAGGAAAUUAACUUUCAAAAGUCUGCAAAUUCACGGACACUUGAAAAGAUACAAGGAACUUACAAUUCAGGCAUAACCAUUUGUGGCGUUUCUAGUGGAACACCGUUGGAAAAGUAGCUAGCCAGUCCAGGUAUUUGAUUCAUGGAUGCAUUCUGAACGUUGCCGAACAAUGGAAUCGGCUGUAUGGGCGACACAGGCGAUAUAGUUGCUGGACUUUUUGGUGACUUUCCUUUGCCAUUCGAACGAAAAUGAGAAGGCGACCAGGAAUUCUCCUUCUGAUCGUCCGAAUCCUCUUGCGAUAAUGAUCGUAGUGAACAAAGCAGACGAUACCUAUUACCACGUCGGAGACGGGGCAAUAGUAAGCCUUGUGGAAGUUGGGAUGAGUUGUCGUCGGAAAGAACACUUCCUGGGACCACUUCGAACCUGCAGUAAGAGCUAUACUUUUAGGAAUGUCCCGUCUGCCACAGUGUUUCUGUGUAGGUGGCAUACAGAAACAACAGGGGGUGUAUAGAUUGACAAUGGUGUUGGUAGCGUGAUCAUGGACCAUGGCAUAUGGUUGUUAGUUAAAAUUGUUAGAGAGGGACGCUUCGAUGCAACCCACUGAGCGACCAGAGAAUUCGCUGCAGCCCAAUCCAAUAGGACGUUGUUGUUACUAAUGUCUAGUAAACGAAGGUUCGACGAUACGCUAACGAUUUUCCUUAGCGCUUCGCACGAUACAUUUGUUCCUUCGGCAAUGAGCAGCCUCAUUAGUCGCCCCUCCUCGGCCACCUUUAGAAGGCCGGAUGAAAUGUCACGUUUCGUGAUUCCGUCAAGGUUAAGACUGUCCAAUUUUGGCAUUCUAGCUAGCCGCUGAAGCCCUAUCGAGCUGAAAUUAAAGCAAAAUGCUAGUGAAAGGCUCGUGAUGUUGCUUGCCGCUGCGUUGUUAGCUGUGUCAGCGAGCUCCGCAAGGAAACGAUCAGUCACAGCAGGUAUUCCUUCCAAGCAUAGAUUUUGAAGGUGGGGAAGACGUGCCAAAUGGCCCAAGGCGGUAGCCGAUAGGUCUAGGUUAGGUGUAUCAGGAUUUCCGAUUAUAGAAAGGUCGGUAAGGCUCCUUAAAUUGUGGACUAACGAACAAAUGACUUGGUCUCUUAGAAUCUUUAGUUCAGACACGUAUAGUACCUUGAGCUUUUUGAGACGGUUGAAUAUGUAACGCAUCGAAGAUUCAGACAUUCGUAAACACAUCUCUAAUUCUAAACGAGUCAGCCCUUGGGGAACAACUUGGAAGCAAUGUCCGCUUAGGUAUUGA